AAAAAAAAAAAAAAAAUUCUGAUGACAAACCUUUGAUUAAGCAAAAGUGUUCUAAUUGUUUCACACAGGCCAAACCCAAACCAAAAGGUCCCAUGCACGUGAAGAUACCAAAGCAGACACAUCUCAUAACCUAACAAGUAAUUAAAAUUUGUAUAAGCUCUUAAGCAAUAUAAAUAUGUAUAAAGAAAUAGUCAAAUAGAUAGAUAGAUAAAAAGAGAGAGGACAGAGGGACAUGACUCAGGUAACAUGAGUUUUCAAGAGUAGCUUAGGCUAUCAAGACAGAGGGAUCAAGAAAUGGAUGGAAGGAAAAUAGUGGUUGUAGUUGAAGAUGUGGAGGCAGCAAGAACAGCACUUGAAUGGGCUCUUCAUAACCUUCUUCGCUUUGGUGAUUUGAUAACUCUUCUUCAUGUCUUUUCUCCUUCAAAGUCAAGGAACAGAAAGAAGAUAAGACUGCUGCGCCUGCAAGGCUACCAGUUAGCUCUUUCUUUCAAAGAAAUAUGUAACACCUUCUUUAAUACAAAUAUUGAAAUUAUUGUAACAGAAGGGGAUCAAGAAGGUGGGAGAAUUGCAGCUAUGGUGAGAGAGAUUGGUGCUUUUGCUCUUGUAGUUGGACUCCAUGAUCAGAGCUUUCUAUACAGGUGGGCAAUGGCCCAUAAUAAUGCUGCAAACAACUUCAGUUGCAAAGUAUUAGCCAUCAAACAACCAGCUGCAAUGCCACCAUUGAGGACCAAGGGAACACCAACAAUAAUAGUAGACAGUUCAACUAACAUGGACUUUUCACAAAUUGAAAUUGCCAGAUUAGAGGUACCUAAUAUUCCUCCACCAAAAGUUCCAUAUAAAAUAUGGCCAGAUCCCUCUGCAGUAAUAUGGAGAUGGAGGAAGCCCAGGAGGAAGAAGACUGGCUCCUGAGAAUAUAGCUAUAGCAUUUCAGUUUACAUAUGCACAGCUCUAAUUGAUUUUAGCUAAAGCAAUUUUUGGCCACAGCUUGGAAUCCGGGAGAAAUUAUCAAGUAAGACAAAAGCAUGCUCUCUAUGUCCCCCCGGCCGCAGCCCGCCCAACCCAUCCCCAACAGAUUGGGGAGAUUAAAAUCCGCCAAUGAAGGUCCGCCGGUGAACCCAACACGAGAAGACUCAUCUCAACGCGUGGAAUAAGUACACUGCUGUCCUACUUAAUAAUUUUCCGACGUUAGAUCUUUAGCUCUUUAGUUCGUCUCACACAUCUAAACUCAAUACACAAAUGAAUAGUGAAAUUGACAUGUAACUACUACUGCUUAUAAACUCCUGAUUUGUGGAAGAUUUUAACCAACCUUCGAUUUUUCACAGCA